ACCGCGGAUCGCGCGCCGUCUACCGGCGGCAGGCGGGACUGCAGGGUGCGCCUCUCACCUUCGGCCGGUCGGCUCGCUGCAGGUGUCCCCUCUCGCCGUCCCGCCCUCGCCAUGCGGACCUCGCGAGCGCCCCCUCCCCGCCCGGCCCUGCUGCUCCUGCUGCUGCUACUGGAGGGCUCCCAUUGCCUCUUCCCCGAGGAGCCGCCGCCGCUGAGCGUAGCACCCCGUGACUACCUGAGCCACUACCCCGUGUUCGUGGGCCGCGGGCCUGGGCGCCCGAAUCCCGCAGAGACCCAGGAGGCCCUGAACAUCCAGCGCAUCCUGCGAGUCAACAGAACACUCUUCAUUGGGGACAGGGACAACCUGUACCGGGUGGAGCUGGAGCCCCCCACGUCCACGGAGCUGCGCUACCAGCGGAAACUGACGUGGCGCUCCAACCCCAGUGACAUCAACGUGUGCCGAAUGAAGGGCAAGGCGGAGGGCGAAUGUCGAAACUUCGUCAAGGUGCUGCUACUGCGUGACGAAUCCACGCUCUUCAUGUGCGGGUCCAACGCCUUCAACCCCGUGUGCGCCAACUACAGCAUCGACACGCUACAGCCCCUUGGGGACAACAUCAGCGGCAUGGCCCGCUGCCCGUAUGACCCCAAACAUGCCAACAUUGCCCUCUUCUCUGAUGGGAUGCUCUUUACAGCCACGGUCACCGACUUCCUCGCCAUUGACGCCGUCAUCUACCGCAGCCUCGGGGACCGGCCCACCCUGCGCACCGUGAAACACGACUCCAAGUGGCUCAGAGAGCCCUACUUUGUCCAUGCGGUGGAGUGGGGCAACCAUGUCUACUUCUUCUUCCGGGAGAUCGCCAUGGAGUUUAACUACCUGGAGAAGGUGGUGGUGUCACGCGUGGCCCGGGUGUGCAAGAAUGAUGUGGGGGGCUCCCCUCGGGUGCUGGAGAAGCAGUGGACAUCCUUCCUGAAGGCGCGCCUCAAUUGCUCGGUGCCGGGGGACUCCCACUUCUACUUCAACGUGCUCCAGGCCGUCACAGGCGUGGUCAGUCUGGGGGGCCGGCCUGUGGUCCUCGCCGUCUUCUCCACCCCCAGCAACAGCAUCCCAGGCUCGGCUGUCUGCGCCUUUGACAUGACUCAGAUGGCUGCCGUGUUCGAAGGCCGCUUCCGGGAGCAGAAGUCCCCCGAGUCCAUCUGGACAGCUGUGCCUGAAGAUCAAGUGCCGAGGCCCCGGCCCGGGUGCUGUGCCGCUCCUGGCACCCCGUACAACGCUUCCAGCGCCUUUCCCGACGAGCUCCUCAACUUCGUCAAGACGCACCCCCUCAUGGAUGAGGCCGUGCCCUCGCUGGGCCAGGCUCCCUGGAUCGUGCGCACGCUGAUGCGGCACCAGCUGACUCGGGUGGCUGUGGACGUGAGUGCCGGCCCCUGGGGCAACCAGACCGUGGUCUUCUUGGGAUCGGAGGCAGGCACUGUCCUCAAGUUCCUGGUCCAGCCCAACACCAGCAGCCCGGAGACCACCGGCCCGAGUGUAUUCCUGGAAGAAUUUGAGACCUACCGGCCCGACAGGUGUGGACAGCCGGGUGAAGGCAAGAUGGGGAGGCGGCUACUGAGCUUGGAGCUGGACGCAGCCUCGGGCGGCCUGCUGGCUGCCUUCCCACGUUGUGUGGUUAGGGUGCCGGUGGCCCGUUGCCAACAGCACUCAGGCUGCAUGAAGAACUGCAUUGGCAGCCAGGACCCCUACUGUGGGUGGGCCCCGGAUGGCUCCUGCUUCUUCCUCAGCCCCGGCACCAGAGCCACCUUUGAGCAGGAUGUCACAGGGGCCAGCACCUCAGGCUUAGGAGACUGUACAGGGCUGCUGCGGGCCAGCCUCUCGGAGGAGCGCGCUGGGCUGGUAUCAGUGAACCUGCUGGUGACCUCAUCGGUGGCGGCCUUUGUGGUGGGCGCCGUGGUGUCUGGUUUCAGCGUGGGCUGGUUCGUGGGCCUCCGGGAGCGGCGCGAGCUGGCCCGGCGCAAGGACAAGGAGGCCAUCCUGGCGCACGGCGGCGGCGAGGCCGUGCUGAGCGUCAGUCGGCUGGGCGAGCGCCGGGGUCCCGGCGCGGGAGGCCGCGGCGCGGGGGUCGCCGGGGGACCCCCGGAGGCCCUGCUGGCCCCGCUGAUGCAGAACGGCUGGGCCAAGGCCACACUGCUGCAGGGCGGGCCCCACGACCUCGACUCGGGGCUGCUGCCCACGCCCGAGCAGACGCCGCUGCCCCAGAAGCGCCUGCCCACGCCGCACCCGCACCCGCACGCCCUGGCGCCCCGCGCCUGGGACCACGGCCACGCCCUGCUGUCCGCCUCCACGUCCACCUCGUCCUCGCUGCUGCUGCUGGCGCCGGUGCGGGGGGCCCCGGAGCAGCCCCCCGGCGGCGAGCCCGGCCCCGAGCCCCGCCUGUACGCCGCCCGGCCCGGCCGCGGCUCCCACGGCGACUUCCCGCCCACGCCCCACGCCAGCCCGGACCGCCGGCGCGUGGUGUCGGCACCCACGGGCCCCUUGGACCCAAGCUCAGUCGCCGACGGCCUUCCUCGGCCCUGGAGCCCCCCGCCGACGGGCAGCCUCCGGAGGCCGGGCCCCCACGGGCACCCGGCCGCCGCCCUGCGCCGCACGCACACUUUCAACAGCGGCGAGGGCCGGCCCAGCGACCGUUCCCGGGGACGCCACCCGCGGCCGAGCACGGACCUGGGGCACCUCCUCCCCUAUGGAGGCACAGACAGGACUGCGCCCCCCGUGCCCUAGGGCGCAGCCCGGGACGCCUCGGCGGUACCAGCCGCAGGACCCAGGCGCGAGACAGCGGAAGGCCCGGUCCGGCUCCACGUGGGUGCUCGCGAGCCCGCCCAGGGCGCGCCCUCUGCCACCCGAAGCACAAGGAGCUCCGCCCCUCUCCCGUUCA